AGACUUUGUCUCUCAGUGACCGGAUGCUGCUUGCCGGAUCUGAUCAACUGUGUCUAAACCAAAACCCGCCAGCAAACCCACGAACUCUGCAUGCACGACACGCGUCCCCCUCAACUCUCUCUCUCCCCUCUUCUUAAACCCCUCCACCCAGCAGAGAAACUGCCACAGAGAAAGCCUGCGAGUGAUAGAGAGAAGAGAAAAAUGGGAAGCAGAGCGGCCCUUUUCGUCUUAGUAAUUGUACUGUGCUAUGGAUUGGCAAUGGCUGUGAGUUCUGUAGGAGAUGAAGACUGGCGGAGGGAGAAGGAAGGGAGGGAAGACUGGAGGAGAGAAAGAGAAGAAACAGAGGAGGAGGAAACAGAGGACUGGUUCUUGUUGCAAGACUCAAAGAAAGUGGUGACGACCGAUGCAGGGGAGAUGAGAGUGGUGAGAAGCCUUGGAGGAAGGAUUGUCGAUAGGCCCAUGCAUAUUGGGUUUAUUGCCAUGGAGCCCAAGACCCUCUUCAUCCCUCAGUACCUUGACUCCAGCUUGAUUCUCUUCAUCCGCAGAGGGGAAGCAAAGAUUGGAUUUAUAUACAAAGAUGCACUGGCGGAGAGGCGAUUGAAGACAGGGGACGUGUACCGGCUUCCAGCCGGUUCGGCAUUCUACUUGGUGAACACAGGGGAGGGGCAGAGGCUUCACAUUAUCUGCAGCAUUGACACUUCUGAGGGCUUGGGCCUCGGUACUUUCCAGUCUUUCUUCAUUGGUGGAGGAUCCUACCCAACUUCUGUUCUUGCUGGAUUUGAUCGUGAAACGCUUUCGCAUGCAUUUAACGUCUCAUUCUCAGAAGUAAGAGAGAUCUUGACCAGGCAACGAGAGGGUCCGAUCGUGUACGUGCCAGAUGCUCGUUCCCCAAGCGUCUGGGCAAAAUUCUUGCAAAUGAAAGACCAAGACAGACUACAACACCUCAAGAGAAUGGUGCUGGACUUCCAAGAAGAACCUGAUCAUGAUCAUCAAGAAGAGCAAACCUGGUCAUGGAGGAAGCUCUUGAAUUCAAUGUUGGGAAAGGAAACCAAGAGAAGAGGCGACAAGGGAACCGGCAAAUCCCCUGACUCGUACAACCUCUACGACAGACGCCCCGACUUCAGCAACAACUAUGGAUGGAGCCUCGCUCUCGAUGAAUCUGAUUAUGAUCCUCUCAAACGCUCCGGAAUUGGCGUUUAUCUCGUCAAUCUCACUGCGGGAUCGAUGAUGGCGCCGCAUGUGAAUCCAACUGCAACAGAGUACGGCAUUGUGUUAAGCGGAUCUGGAACGAUACAGGUUGUGUUUCCGAAUGGAACCUCUGCGAUGAAUGCUAAGAUAACGGAAGGGGACGUGUUUUGGGUGCCAAGAUAUUUCCCAUUCUGCCAAAUUGCGUCAAGAACUGGUCCGCUUGAGUUCUUUGGAUUCACAACGUCGGCACGGAAGAACCGGCCACAGUUCUUGGUUGGUGCGAGCUCAGUUCUCCGGACCAUGCUAGGCCCUGAGCUCGCUGCCGCCUUUGGUGUGGACGAGGAAAGGCUACGGGACGUCGUUGAGGCUCAGCAAGAGGCUGUUAUACUGCCUUCAACAUGGGCGGCGCCACCCGACAAGAAGACGAAGAAGUUUGCGAGGGCGCCAAGGGUCAUCAAGAGCUUUGGGAAUGAUAUGAUUAUGGGUUUUGAUUAGAAUGCUAGUUUGAUCUAUUCUAUCUAUUCAGCUUUCUUUUCUUUCCUUUUUUCCUUUUUAUUUUAGUUUUUUGUGGCUUUUCUCACUCUGGUUCUUCUUCCUCUUCGUUUCUGUUCAGAGUUUGUUCAUGAAUUUCCAGAGUUGUGAAUAAGAUAGAUCGACUUCUGUUUUUUGGUUGAA